AUCGAGAUUUCGUUUGCACUGAAAAUCAAAAUCGGAAUCCAAGAAACAGAUAUGGCGACUCCAACGGGAAACUCAAAAUUUGGGCCCGUGGUGCCUGACCAUCCAGCGACUCCUCCGAGCUACAGCAUCACGCUCUCGGGCCGACUGGUCACCCUGGUUCCUGUGGACGCAAGACACGCCUCAGACUUAUACCUCUCUGUCAAGGAUCCUCGCAACGCGUCACUAUUCGAUUACCUUUUCGAUGAGUACCCCGAAUCAUUGUCCUCCCUCGAAUCACAACUGGCACAAAAAGCGUUGGUGACGAAUCCUUGGGCCUACACGAUUUUGCUGAACGCGGAAUCUGGUAAGAGCGGACAAGCGGUUGGAAUGGCAUCGCUGAUGCGUAUGGAUUUGCCAAACCGUGUGAUCGAGGUCGGCAGCAUUCUGUUCACCCCAGCACUGCAACGUACGCCAGCAGCGACGGAGGCCAUGUAUCUACUGGCACGAUACGUGUUUGAAGAACUUGGAUUCCGAAGAUACGAAUGGAAGUGUAACAGUUUGAACAAUCCAUCACGUCGCGCUGCAGAGCGUCUCGGCUUUCUUUAUGAGGGCACCUUCAGGCAGCAUAUGAUCGCACGAGGUCGCAAUCGUGAUACAGCCUGGUUUUCGAUGUUGGAUUCGGACUGGCCUGAGGCGAGUAGGGCAUUUAACUUGUGGCUGGACGAGUCGAAUUUUGAUAACACGGGCCGACAAAAGAGAAGACUUGAGGACAUCAGACACGCGAACUGAUGGCAAGUGUAUUAGGGGACCAUCAACAUGGCAGAUAUAUAUUCCCUUGGACAGUUCCAAGCAAUGGUAUCACAGCACG